GCCUACCAUAACAGGCCUGGAGAUUGUAGCAAAAUUUACUGGCUGUCAGAAAAAAAAAUUCAGGCUUUUUUGCCUGCAAAGCAAAAGUCUAACUAGAAAUAGGGAAAAUGACAGUUUCCUAUACAGCUGAAGUGGCCCAGUGCAGGGGUUUUGGUUGUUUUCCCAAGCUUCUACUCAGAUGGCGCGCCAGCAUUUACAAACUUAUUUGGCUGGAUCUGUUGAUAUAUCUGACCUUUUAUUAUGCCUUGAGUUUGACCUAUCGAUUCUAUUUGAACGAAUCUCAAAAAGAGUUCUUUGAAAUGCUGGUUAAAUAUUGCAAUAGCAGCACCUCUCUGAUACCGCUAAUGUUCCUCUUGGGCUUUUAUGUUUCCGUAGUGGUGAAGCGCUGGUGGGAGCAGUAUCUCACUUUGCCUUGGCCUGACAGCACUGCCGUAUAUGUUUCCUCUCUGAUCAAGGGCCAAGAUGAAAAUGGCCGCAAAAUGCGUCGCACAAUCAUGCGUUAUGUAUGCCUUAGCCUUGCCAUGGUAUUCACCAGAAUUUCGCCACGAGUGAAGAAACGCUUUCCCACAUAUGAUCAAAUGGUCGAGGUGGGUUUGCUAAUGGAGAACGAGAAAGAUAUUCUAAAAGCAAUGAAUGAAAAGUUUGCCAAGCAUGCGAAACAUUGGAUGCCCAUAGUAUGGGCAGCGGCUAUAGUUACCAGGGCUCGCAAAGAAGGUCGUAUCCGUGAUGAUUCAUCAUUGAAAACUCUUAUAGACUCUUUGAAUAGCUUUCGGGGAAAAUGUAUGGUGUUGACCUUCUACGACAGCAUUAGUAUUCCAUUGGUCUACACUCAGCUAAUAACCAUUGCGGUCUACACAUUCUUUUUGGCAUCGGUAUUUGGACGCCAGUGGACAGGGUUUACGGAUCCAGAUGCUAUAACAAAUAUUGUGGACUUCUUUCCCAUAUUUACGCUACUGGAAUUUAUGUUCUUUAUGGGCUGGGUUAAGGUGGCUGAAUCCCUUAUAUGUCCUUUUGGUGAGGAUGAUGACGACUUUGAGUUGAAUUGGUUAAUCGAUAGAAGCAUUCAGGUUUCGUAUCUGAUAGUGGAUGAAAUGCACAACGAACAUCCCGAACUUCUAAAAGAUCACUUUUGGAAGGGCCUGCAUCCGACUCAAGCGAGUAACAUUUUCCAAUUCCCCAGUUAUGAUCCACCACCACAUUCAACCGCACAAAUGGAGGUACGAGUGCCAGAAAAUGAGAGAUCGUUUUUUAAGAUCCCUUUAGUGGAAUCUUUCUCACAUCUUUUUUGUAAACGCGGUAGUCAACCUGAAAUGCCUGUUGCUAAUCUUAUGGAUAAUCAUGAAGAAGUUAGUGCAAGCAUGCUUGUGAUUUUCGAACCCGAUAAGCAAUCAUCGACUGCGAUACCUAGCAAUUCCGUUGAGAGCAAAGAAAUGUUGAAGACAACGAAAAUAGACCAGAUUGCACCAAGUCUCAGUGCAGAUCAGAACGUCUUCGAACAACUGAGGGCCCAGAGAACCCAUGAAAGACUUCAAAGACAGAAUUACCUAAUAGCCAUGUCAACAACUACAGAAGAAUUGGCAGCUGAAAAUAAUUCUCAAAUCUCGGUAUCAGAAGAAACAUCAGAAUCAUCGCAAGAAUUUAAAACACCACAAGAGGAUAGCAAGAAGAAUGUUUAAAUUGGCGAUGUUCAAAUUUCAUAGAAUAAUAUUUGAAAUUUGUUUUCAAAUUUUUUGUAUUUUGAAACGAAACAAUAAUAAAAGAAACACCUUGAAGUCUUCGAAAA